UUUUGUCAAACAAACAUCGUGACGUCACAGUGUCAUGGCGGCGAGCAGUUCGGCCGUGUCAGUUUUAACUCCGAACGGACGCAGACAGACUGUCAAAGUGUCUCCGAACACACCUUUAUUACAGGUUCUUGAAGAUGUGUGUAAGAAACACGGCUUUAAUCCAGAUGAACAUGGACUCAAGUUUCAGAGGAAUGUUCUAGAUUUGUCUCUGCAGUGGCGUUUUGCCAGUCUGCCAAAUAAUGCCAAGCUGGAAAUGGUGGCGUGUUCACGGCCGCAGAUGGGAGCUGAGAGCGCGGUGCGGAUCGCGCUGCAGAUGGAGGACGGCUCUCGUCUUCAAGGCUCUUUCUCGAGUGGACAGACGUUAUGGGAUCUCCUGACCCACUUUCCUCAAACCAGGACGUCUGAUCUGGAUGCGUCUGGACCCACACCAGUGUGUGUUUACAUGAGAGACGAGGUGAGCGGUGAGGAUGCACUGAAGAAGACGACUCUGAAGUCUCUAGGUCUCACAGGAGGAAGUGCCAUCAUACGUUACGUGCUGAAAGGCUCCAGCUCCUCAUGUCCUGCUGCAUCCGUGGAUGCGGUCACUGCGCCAACGGAUGCUGUUGCCAAGACAACCGUAUCACAGCCACCUCCAGAACCACCCGUGGAGCCCGCCCCCAUUCCCAUGGAAACCCCACCUCCUCCCACUGAGGUCGUCGCCCCGGUGAACCAUCAUCCUGUCAAACAGGAAGAGGAGGAGCCAAACGCGAGUCGGGAACAGGCGGUGCGACCCAAAACGAGAGCCGCUGGUGACCAGCCGCAGCAGUCCAAACUAAUGCCGCAAGAGGAUGACGAACAGCCCGGGACAUCCAAACAGUGCCAGGGCUCCGCCCCCUCAGCCACGCCCACUAACUUCGUGCCAUUUUCUGGAAGCGGACAGCGUCUGGGAGGAACUGGGACAGCUGGACUGAAGACGUCCACGUCAUGGUCGUCAUAUGUGUCCGGGAGCCCGCCGAAAGCCAAAAAACCCAAACCCAGCCAUGAAAUCAAGCGAUCGGUCAGUGCCAAACAAGCGUCAAAGGACGAAGAGGAAACGGACGAAUAUCUGGAGCCGGUCGACAGGGAUCCGCUGGUCUUCCAUCUGGAUGCCGGAGCCCGUCACCAUGACGACCAAGAACUUCCUGAUGAAUUUUUUGAGGUCACCGUUGACGACAUUCGGAAGAGAUUCGCGCAGCUGAAGAGCGAGAGGAAGGCGCUGGAGGAAGCUCCGCUCAUGACUAAAUCUCUGCGCGAGUCUCAGAUGAAGGAGAAGCUGGACCGGUAUCCGAAGGUGGCGCUGAGGGUCCAGUUUCCUGACCGUCACAUUCUUCAGGGUUUCUUCAGACCUCUAGAAACAGUUGCUGCUCUGAAGAGUUUCAUCAGAUCUCACCUGCAGGACCCACAAAUGGAGUUUUACCUGUUUGUUGCGCCUCCCAAAACCAUCCUCGAUGAUCCAAAUGUCACUCUAUUCCAGGCGAGUCUCUUCCCUGCUGCUCUGGUGUACUUUGGCUCAGACGUGAGGACAGAUGCUUACUUGCGCUCUGAUCUUCUGGACACCAGUGUCUCCGCCCUACAGGCUGAUGAGCUCAUAGCAGGCUGUAUGCCGCGCUCUCCUCCUCCCGUCUCCUCGCACGCUCCCGCUGACGACCACCUGCCGCCCGCUCCAGAGUCGUGCGACUCCUCCGGCCAGCGGGGGGAGACGGAGGACGGCUGUGACGCGCAGACGCCAGCGGUCAGACCGGUGAGGACCGACCCGGCCAAAGUGCCAAAAUGGCUCAAGCUGCCAGGUAAGAAGUGAGGUUUGAUCGGCACAGGACGACGAGAGCGUUCGGGUUCCCCGGCUCAUUUCCCAUCAGUAGUUCAGUAGAUUCACAGUAACUCAUGCAAACUUUCAUCAAUUAAACACACAAUGAUAAUUG